AUGCUCCUCACCGCGCUUCUCACCCUCGGCACCACGCACCUGUCCUCCACUGGCCUCGUCGCGGGCGCUGCGGGCGCCCUCCAACAGGUCAUGUCCUUCGGGGCGAACCCGACCAACGUCGGGAUGUUCGUGUACAAGCCCGCCCAACUUGCCUCGCCCACACCGCUCAUCGUCGCGAUGCACUUCUGCACGGGCACCGCCCAGAUCUUCUUCUCCGGCACGCAGUUCGCCAACCUCGCGGAUACGCACGGCUUCAUCGUCGUCUACCCGAACGCGCCAGACAGCGGCGGCUGCUGGGACGUGCACACCAACGCGACGCUGACGCACGACGCGGGCGGCGACUCGCUCGGGAUUGCGUCGAUGGUGCGCUACGCGAUCGCGAGCUACGGCGUCGAUCCGCAGUUGGUGUUCAUGACGGGCAGCUCGUCGGGCGCGAUGAUGACGAACGUGCUGGCGGGCGCAUACCCCGACCUGUUCCAGGCGGGCGUCGCGUUCUCGGGCGUGCCAUACUCGUGCUUCUCUGGACCGACCUUGUGGAACUCGGCGUGCGCGGACGGGGACAUUAUCAUGACGCCGCAGCAGUGGGGCACCCUCGCACUCUCGGGCUACCCAGGCUAUACCGGCGCUCGUCCCAGAAUGCAGCUAUGGCACGGCACCGCCGACACGACGCUUUUCUACCCGAACUUUGGCGAAGAAAUCAAGCAAUGGACGGACAUCUUCGGCGUCUCCCAGACGCCUACGUCCAUGCUGAACAACUCUCCCGCCGCUCCCUGGACUCGGACGAGCUACGGCGCCAAUGUGAUGGGCCUCUCCGGCGCAGGCGUCGGCCACCCGGCACCCGUGAAUGAGGCCGAAACGCUCGCAUGGUUCGGCAUUGCGGCUAUCACGCCAGGCUCGGGCGGCGGAGGGUCUGGCUCAACGACGUCGGCACCUACCGCGACCACGACGGCUGCAGGUGCAACGCAGACACACUACGGACAAUGUGGGGGGGUCGGAUGGAGUGGCCCUACCGCUUGUGCCUCCGGCUUCACAUGCAAAGCUGCAAAUGAUUAUUAUUCCCAGUGCUUGUGA